AUGAGCUCCGUUGAAUUUCAAGAGAGACCCGCGAAGAAGCGCCGUUUCUUCGUCGAGGAUCCCUCUUCCCCGAUUGUCGACCGCACGCUGCAUCACGAACCAUCGUUGGCGGACGCGUUGCCAGAUGCGACGCCCGAUGCAGAUGCAAUAGAGUCUAUUGAUCUUACACAAUCGGAUAAUGAAGAGAGAACCGCAACAGAAAAUGCCGGUGGGUUCGACGGAGAGCUCUUUGCAAGCGUCGUUGGGGAGCGCGUUGCGCCGUCUGUUCUUCGAAAGCUCAAGGAGCAAUGCGGAGAUGACAUACAGAAAGCCAUCAAUAUCUACCUAGACGGAUCAUGGAACGCAACACCAUCGCCACGUCCUUCGAAAGCUCAAAAUCGCAAUAACCUCUCAUCAUGGCGGAAAGAAGAUCAGAAAUCGGGUCUGUCUUCGCCCGUUGCCGACCUCCAGACUACAAGUGCCUCGUCCAAACCCUCUACGUCCACUACUCUCACUUCAACGCCGCCAACCAGGUACAUUGGUGCAUUUGGCGUGACAGGAUGGGCUACAAAGAGCGGCACAGGCUUGAUCGCGUACGGUCAGAAGGUUGGGAUUGAACGGGCAAAGAUGCAAGCUCUAGCUACAAAGCCUGGUAGAGGCGGAAAAGCGCGGGCAGUUGUGGGCAAGCGUCAAGAUAUCAUCGUACGAUUCACAAAUACACGAGGGGAAGAAGUGGGAAGGCUCGAGAAUGAAUCGGCUGCUUGGAUAUCAACCUUGAUCGACCAAAAGAUCUGCACAUUCGAGGGGUCCUGCGUAUAUGCACCCGAAAGACUAAGAACAAACGAGAAUGUUUACCUGCAGCUGAGGUGUUAUCUCUUGAAGGGUGCAUUUGAGGCCGCGAAUUUCAUUAGGCCUCAGGAUAAUCGCGAGACGGGUCUCUUCGAAGCCAAAGAGAGCAACGACGAAAAGAAUCUGAGGCUUCGUCAGGUCGCCAUGGUUAAGUUGUUCGAUGAAGUAAAUCUACACCCUACCCAAAUCAACGCCACUACAGAAAAACAUAAACGACAGGGUCUUCUACAAGCUGCAGAGAUCGCAGAGCAACACGAGAAGCCCAGCGGGAACAAAACGCCGGAGGGAAAGCCGGACGGUGCCGAAGGCUCCUCUCCACCAUCAGAUGACGCAGAGGAGGGCCAAGAGCUAGAACAGGAUCAGCUCGAUACAUUAUACAAAAAGGCACAGUCUUUUGACUUCAACACCCCAACGGCAGAGCCAGCCGGCACGUUCUGCAUGGAUCUUCGGAAGUACCAAAAGCAAGCUUUACACUGGAUGAUAAGUAAAGAGAAAGAUGAGAAGGCUGAUGAUAAGGUGGUAUCUAUGCAUCCCUUAUGGGAAGAAUAUAGCUGGCCUACAAAGGACGUAGACGACAAGGACUUGCCAGAAGUGACAGAUCAGGCCAGCUUCUACGUCAACCCGUAUUCCGGAGAGCUCUCACUUGACUUUCCUGUCCAAGAGCAGAAUUGUUUGGGUGGCAUACUUGCUGAUGAAAUGGGUCUUGGAAAGACGAUCGAGAUGCUCAGUCUCAUACAUACCCAUAGGUCCGACGCUGCGAUAGCGGCUUCCAGUGGAGUGGCGAGCGUCAACAAUCUCCCUAGGCUGCCAAAGAGCUCAACAUCCGUCGAGCGCGCUCCAUGCACAACGCUUGUUGUGGCUCCAAUGUCCUUGCUCGCCCAAUGGCAGAGCGAGGCAGAAAAGGCAUCCUUGCCUGGAACCUUGAAGGUUAUGGUUUACUACGGCGCGGAGAAGUCUGCAAACCUACAGAAGCUUUGCUGCGAGGCCAAUGCUGCCAAUGCUCCAAAUGUUAUAAUCACUAGCUAUGGUGUGAUACUCUCCGAGUUCAACCAAGUAGCUGCCAAUGACGGCAAUAGAGGGUCACAUGGUGGCCUGUUUUCUCUAGAAUACUUUCGGGUUAUCUUAGACGAAGCGCACUUCAUCAAGAAUCGGCAGUCGAAAACUGCAAAAGCAUGUUACGAGAUUAGUGCUCUGCACCGUUGGGUACUCACCGGAACCCCCAUCGUCAAUCGCCUGGAAGAUCUAUUCAGUCUUGUCCGUUUCUUAAGAGUGGAGCCCUGGAGUAACUUUUCAUUCUGGAAAACCUUCAUCACAGUCCCAUUCGAGUCGAAAGACUUCCUACGAGCACUCGAUGUCGUUCAGACCGUGCUAGAGCCUCUCGUUCUACGCCGGACGAAAGAUAUGAAGACGCCAGAUGGCAAGGCCUUAGUGCCGUUACCUCCACGGACGAUCGAAAUAGAGCGUAUUGAGCUCUCCAAGGACGAAAGAGAAGUAUACGACUAUAUCUUCACGCGUGCGAAACGAGUCUUCGCGGCCAAUGCCGAGGCCGGCACGCUGAUGAAAUCAUACACAACUAUCUUCGCGCAGAUUCUUCGACUUCGCCAGUCCUGUUGCCACCCCGUUCUCAUCCGCAAAAAGGAAAUCGUAGCAGACGAAGAUGACGCCGCUGCAGCAGCAGACAUCGCCAACGGCCUCGCCGAUGACAUGGACCUAGACACCCUCCUUGAGCGCUUCGCCUCAGACAGCGACCAAGACGCGAACCGAUUCGGCGCAACCGUCUUAAAGCAAAUACAAGAAGAAGCCAGCCAAGAAUGCCCCAUCUGCUCCGAAGACCCCAUGGAAGACCAAGCCGUCACCGGCUGCUGGCACAGCGCCUGCAAGCAAUGCCUCCUCGACUAUAUCACCCACCAACGCGACAAAGGCGAGAUCGCGAAAUGCUUCAACUGCCGCGAACCCAUCAACGCGCGCGACGUCUUCGAAGUCAUCCGCCACGACGAAGUCCCCGACGACAUUGACGACGGCGACAUGGACCUCGACGACUUGUCCGCUCCUCCACCCGCCAUCCAGACUCCGCGCAUCUCGCUCCGCCGCAUCGGCGCCUCUGGCUCCGCGAAAACUGCGGCGCUGCUCACGCAUCUCAAGUCCAUCCGCCGCACGGACGCCGGCAUGAAAUCCGUCGUCUUCUCCCAGUUCACCUCGUUCCUCGACCUCAUCGAGCCGGCGCUGGAGCGCGACCGCAUCCCCUUCCUGCGCUUCGACGGCUCGAUGGCACAGAAAGCCCGCGCGGCCGUGCUGACCGAGUUCACAACCUCGAAGAAGGGGAUCGUGCUGCUCCUGAGCUUGCGCGCUGGUGGCGUGGGACUGAACCUGACGUCUGCGAAGCGGGUGUUCAUGAUGGAUCCGUGGUGGAGCUUUGCGGUCGAGGCGCAGGCGAUUGAUCGCGUGCACCGUAUGGGGCAGGAGGGAGAGGUGCGGGUGGUAAGGUUUGUGGUGGAGAAGAGUAUUGAGGAGAAGAUGUUGAGGAUUCAGGAGCGGAAGAAGUUUAUUGCGAGUUCGUUGGGCAUGAUGAGUGAUGAGGAGAAGAGGUUGCAGCGGAUUGAGGAUAUUAAGGAGUUGCUUAGCUGAGGUGGGAUAAUGGGAUUAGCUAUUGGCUAUUGGUUGUAUAUAGUUCUGGGACAUGGCUGGUUUGGGCUUUGAUGGAUACCGGUGAGUUAGAUACCAGGAUAGCUGUAUGUGCAAUGUAAGGAUAUGGCUACAAUAUGGAUUGGGCAACGCCAAGAAACUAUUGCUCUCUAUCUUCAACUCUUUUUCACCACUGUCUGUAGGUGUAGAAAAUAAUGGUUUCUUGGCAAUUCAUGUUUGCUGUAUCACAUUGCGUUCAUCCAGAAAAC